CUAAAAACUGCUGCGCGUUAAAAAUGGACAUUGCAAAUAUAUUUGUUAUAAAUAAAUACAAAUUAAGUUUCACACACAACUUUAAUCAACGAACAAACAUAAGUUUCAGAAAAAACACUGCAUUGAAAGCAUUCGUUUGUGCGUCCGAAUUUAUUUUCAAUAUAUGAUAGUCAAGUUCUACAAUAAAUAUGAUGUCAACGUCAAAGUUACCAAUAUCACCUGAUGAUCAUGAAUUUGUUGUUCCACAAAAAUCGAUUAAAACACCGACUCAUAUGAAAAUGUGGGAAAAAUCCGAAGCAUAUUUUGAAUAUUUGGGAUUUAUAUUAGCUUUGAAUGAAUCAGUUCAAGGAAAAGCUUUAGAUGUUGAAUGCCCACAAAGUCCUGCAAUAGGAAAUGUUAUUAAAAUGCUUAAUGAAUUUGAUGAAUGGAUAACACAAAUACCUCCCACUGAACAGCCCCAACGUUUUGGAAAUAAAUCAUUUAGAAUAUGGCAUGAAAGAUUACAACAAAAUGGAAUAACAAAAUUACAAAAAGUAUUGCCACAAAAAUUACAUAGAGCAGUUCCAGAAAUAGUUCAAUAUUUAUGUGAAGGCUUUGGGAAUGCAACACGUAUAGAUUAUGGCACAGGACAUGAAAUGGCAUUUUUAAUGUUUUUAUGUUGUAUGUUCAAAAUUGGUGCUUUUACACAAGAUGAUAAAGUUGCAGUAGUAAUAAAAAUAUUUAAUAGAUAUUUGGAAUUAGUACGUAGAUUACAAUUAACUUAUCGGAUGGAACCAGCAGGUAGUCAUGGUGUAUGGAGUCUAGAUGACUAUCAAUUUGUUCCUUUUAUAUGGGGAAGUGCUCAAUUAAUUGGUAUUAUUUUGUUUCCGUUUUUUAUUAUAAUAAUAUAUUUAAAACAUAUAUAUAUAAACAUACAUAAAAUAAAUAUUUUAGGACAUUCUCGUAUAGAACCUCGUCAUUUUGUUGAACCAGAUAUUGUUCAAACAUAUAGCAAGCAAUAUAUGUUUCUUGGUUGCAUUGAAUUCAUUUCAAAGGUAAAAACAGGUCCAUUUGCUGAACAUUCAAAUCAAUUAUGGAAUGUGAGUGCAGUGUCUACAUGGGUCAAAGUAAAUAGUGGACUUAUUAAAAUGUAUAGAGUUGAGGUUCUGGCGAAAUUCCCUGUUAUUCAACAUGUUUUGUUUGGUUCUUUAUUGUCAAUAAAAUCUGUAUCUGUUCCCCCUGUUAAAAAGGAUUCUCGUCGAGAUGAGCCUGUGCAACCAUCUCCAAUUCAAUAAUAUGCUUCAUAUUUGUUGAUGUAGUUUGUAGCAAACAUUCGAUAUUUAUAAUAAAAUUUUACAUUUCAAGUAUAUAAUUGAUAAAUUAAAUUUCAAGUACAUUAUUAUAAAUAAUUUUAUUAUGUAGAUAUUUAUCAUUAAAUAAUAAAAUAUAUUUUAUAUAAAUUUUAAUUUUAAAAAAUUUAUGUAAAAAAUUUAUGUGAAAAAUUUAAAGUGCAAAAAAUUGACAUUAAUUAGCAAUGUACUACAUAAACAGAUAUUGUAAUAAUUAUUUAUUGUAAAUAAAAUUUAUAUAUUAUAAAAAGUGA